AAGUAUUUACAAAACAAAAGAAACAAUGAAGUGACAUAACCUUCUAUGCUUGAAGACGGUGGAUUAGAACCUCAACAAGAGAAAGAGACUCGUCAGAGAAUAUGAUCCUUGCGGUGCUGUUUGCCAACGCUGAGGGCAAUAUCCUCAUCGAACGUUUUCAUGGAGUUCCUGCAGAGGAGCGUCUGCACUGGCGUUCAUUCUUAGUCAAACUAGGAGCUGAUAAUCUUAAGGGUGUCAAAAACGAAGAGCUCCUAGUUGCUUGCCACAAAUCGGUUUAUAUUGUAUACACAGUGCUUGGCGAUGUCAGCAUCUAUGUCGUGGGCAAGGAUGAGUAUGACGAACUUGCCUUGUCCGAAGUGAUCUUUGUGAUAACCUCAGCUGUGAAGGAUGUAUGUGGGAAGCCCCCAAGUGAGCGCCUUUUCCUUGACAAGUAUGGAAGAAUUUGUCUGUGUCUGGAUGAAAUUGUAUGGCAGGGAUAUUUGGAAAAUACAGAAAAGGAUAGAAUCAAAAGACUGAUAAGGUUAAAGCCUCCAACAGAGUUUUGAAUGAAAAGUCCAGAGCCAGUCAUAGUUCAAUGAUUAGUCUGAGUCCUGUGGGUCAUAGUGUGGCAUUUUGUAAACGGAUAUGGGCAAGCAACCGAAGAUUGUGCUGGAUGUAUGCGCUCUGCAAUGAUUGUAUUAAAAUACUUGCAUUAAAAUCUUCUUAAAUUUUAGCACUUGUAUUUUGUAGCAUUCCCAAACUCUGCAUUAUUUCAUUUGCGUAUUUUGCACCUCUUUUAUCCCUUACUAUUGUUUGCUAUGGCAAUCAUGUUUCCAUUUUAUGUUUCCAUUUUAUGGAAUGAGAGAUUUUCAUGCUUGGUUAAAGAAAUCGCAUUUCAUUUCA